AUGGGCCCGAAACGUAAGAGGAACGAUCGCCCAUCUCUCGAAGGUGGUAGGUCUUCCCCUCAUCGCCCUGGUGAUACUGCACUUGGACAACACGAUCGCGACGAUAAUAUGGGACGCGGUCGGGGUGGCAGAGCACCUCGUGGUCCAGGUCGACGCGAUUCAUCACAAAACCAAAAUCGAGCACCUCCGAAUCAUCAAUCGAAUCCUUCACCGGCACAACGACGACCCAGUUCUUCUCAUGCACCACCUCCGCCCCCUCCGCCAGCGAUGAAGAAGCCCGCCUACGUUCCGCCGCCACUAUUACGACCGCCCUCUCCGGUCCGUUCUAACUAUCGCUAUAAUAAUCUUACGGACGAAAAGGUUAGCGCUUGGGCCGAGAGCGGUCGGGAUGAGAUUGUACAGCAUGGGAAGCAGUCGCGAGACGAUGUUGACAUCACCGAACUGUCAAGUUUGUUCCAAGAGUUUGUUCAUGCAGUUGUUGAAGCCCGAUUAUCACCAAACGAUGCAGGUGCCUGCGUCAAAGAAAUUCUAGGUGACGAAACGACGGAGAUUAUUAAGGAUUCAUACGCGUUCGCUCCCCACACUCUAUUUCUUGACUCUCUGUCUAUUGUCAUGGAUAAUGAGCCCGCCAUCUUCCGACCGAGCCUUCGCGACUUCGUUUUGGCGGCUGGCGUAUCGUCCAACUUGAUGCGACAGGUGCUUGAAGCUGAAAUUCUACAGCAGCUGGGAUUGAUCAGGGAUAACUUCGUCAAACUGGGUAUCAAGCAGGCGACGAACCUUCUCUAUCGACAAGCAAAUUACAAUCUGCUCCGCGAGGAAACAGAGGGCUAUUCUAAGCUCAUUACGGAACUGUUCACGACUAGCAGUGUGGCACCUCCACCCCCAGAAAUGGCUGAGCAGACCUUCGAGAGAAUCAAGGCUUUGAUCGGAACUUUUGAUCUCGACGUUGGGAGGGUCCUUGAUGUCACUCUGGAUGUUGCAGCUGCCGUCCUCAUUAAGCAGUUCAAGUUCUUCGUCAAGUUCUUAAGAGUGAGCUCCUGGUGGCCUCGUUCACAUCUCAAAUUUAGUGCUGCGGUCUAUGUUGGUGGCCUGCCUCUGUGGGCAACACCGGACUAUAUACAGUGGACAACGACAGAAGAAGACGAGAAGCUCCUGGAGGACAAGAAAAGGGUUCGAGACAUUGCCUUUUGGAGCCGAGCCCGAGAAGUUCAUAUCGAAGCUUUCUUUGAACUCGGUGGUCGGCAAGUCGCGGACUCCGACUCCCAACAGCUUACCAUUACCAAUGGAGUCAAGGGGGAUGAUGCCGCCGCUGAUAUUGAACGACAGUGGGUGCAGGAAACGAAAACGCUUCCACCUCCGGGUAACCGAACGGCCGCACAGUUACUUGGAUUCAAGCUGCGUUUCUACAAUUCCGAUGCUAGAGAUGAGUCGGAUGUACUUCCUGCAAAUCUGCUUUACUUGGCUGCCCUUCUAGUCAAAAUCGGUUUCAUUUCUCUAACCGACCUCUACCCACACCUUUCACCGGCCGACGAAGACAUGGAGAAGGUCCGUGAGAAGGAACUGAAAAGGAUAGAAGAAGAGGAACGGUCUUCGCGAGGCGGUCCAAUGAACGCCCUUCUUAUGGCUGGUGUUUUGCCGCAGGGCGACGACGACAACCCUGCCCCUUCGAAUCUCCCUCGACGGGAGCUUCCUAAGAAAGCCGAAGCUGACACCAAGGAAGCCACUACAGAGACAGCGGACAACAAACCAAAACUCCCUGAGCCGUUGGAGCAGAAGGUGGCAUUACUCACCCAGUUGUUGACUAUUGGUGCCAUCCCCGAAUCAUUGUUCAUCCUCGGUCGUUUCCCAUGGAUACCAGAGGUGUUCCCCGAAGUACUCGAACGAAUUCAUCGCAUUCUUCACUAUUGCGUUGACAAGGUCUUCCAUGAUAGUCGACCUAUUGUGGUAGGCGAGACUGGAUGUCCCACAAAGUCUGUACCCGAUUUUGAUCAAUCGGGGCUUCCCAAAGGCAACGUUCGCUUGAACAGAUUGACAGCACGCAAAUCACUCAGGUGGCCGUUCCCAGACAAAGUUGACACAAACGAGUCACAGAACUAUCGGUAUUACUGGGACGAAUGGGCCGACAACAUCCCUGUUUGCCAGACAGUAGACGAUAUCUUUACUCUUUGUGGAACACUGCUCAACAUUUCUGGUGUCAAUAUCGGAAAAGAUGAGGCUCUACUGACCAAAUUGGCUAGAAUUGGAGCCAAGAGCCUCGCGGAGGAUAAGUCGGAGCACAAUCUGACUCGAUGGCACGGCCUACUACGACGACUGUUGAUGCCAGCUUUGAGCCAUACCAAGGCCAAUGCCUCUGCCGUCAAUGCGAUAUGGGAACUUCUCAGGCAUUAUCCCAUCACUACUCGUUAUUCCAUGUACGCUGAGUGGUUCGAGGGUCAAAUCUCUCGACUCCCUGCUAUGAAAGCGGCUUUCGCAAGAGCAACAUCUGAGACUCGAGGCACCAUGAAGCGAGUCUCUCUCACAAAUCUUGGUGAAAUGGCCAAGCAACUUGCCAAAACGAGUUACUCGUCUCCUGGCAUUGUGUUCAGGGUUGCUUUCGAGCAAUUGGAGUCUUAUCCAAACCUGAUCGACGCCUUUGUGGAAUGCGCCAAGUACUUCACAGACUUGUCUUACGAUGUGCUUGUGUGGUCCUUGAUGAGCUCUCUUGGUAAAUCGAGAAGUCGUACCCAAGCUGAGCACGCUCUUACUACCAGCAAAUGGCUCCAGGCUUUGUCGAGGUUCUCUGGUAGAGUCUUUCGACGUUACACCGUUCUAAACGCUACUCCCGUUCUUAAAUAUGUCAACGAACAGCUCAUCAAGGGCAACUCUACCGAUCUAAUCAUUCUAAAGGAACUCAUUACGUCAAUGGGCGGAAUCGUGGAUUCGGUUGAUUUUACGGAUCAUCAAAUCUUAUCGAUGGCUGGAGGCGAAUAUCUACGACGACACACCCUAAUCCGUGGUCAGGACAAACGCUUCGAGAACGUCAAGAGCUCCAAACGUCUCAUCCAAGCUUUGACAGACUCCAAGCUUGCUGCGCAGGUUCUUGUAAACCUGGCGCAGUACCGACAAUCCGCGCUCUUUCAAGUACCAGAAGAUGAAGCCCACAUCAAGUAUUUGUCCUCCAUGAUCGACGACUCGCACCGCAUUCUGAUUCAGUAUCUGGAUCUACUUUGGAGCAACAUGGACCCGGCCAGCUUCGAAAGCCUCGUACCAUCAAUUCCUGAACUCAUUCAUUCCUACGGUUUGGACACCAGUCUGGCAUUCUUGAUAGGUAGAGCUAGCCUUGCCCAUCGCAUGUUUCCUUGGAAGCAGAAGAAGCUGGAUGAGACCAAAGAAAAGGCUCAAACUACCCAGUCUACUGAUAAGGAAGGAGACGUUUCCAUGUCUGAUACUCCUGUCGUCAAUGGCGGCAACGACACCCCAAGCCAAGAGACACUUCAGGCUGAUGAUCAGAAGUCCGAAGACCCCUCCCUUGUCAGGUCUGCGCUGCAACCUAUCGUGGAAACUAUUCAAGAUACUGCUCGCCCUGAGAUCUGGCAAAAGAUCACCCCAGACCUUUACGUGACCUUCUGGGCUCUUCAUCUAGGAGAUCUCUAUUGUCCUGACAAGAUCUACAGACAGGAGAAAGAGCGCCUUAGAACGGAAGAGGUUGCUGUGUCUCGAGAUCGCAGUGACAUGUCAAGACGAGGACAAGAACGCAAAGUGGAGAAAAGAAAGGAACUUAUGCAGCUCCAAAUCGGUCUUUCCGAAGAAUGCGGCGAACAUCUUUUACGGCAGGCCAAGUGGAAAUUCUAUUUGAGCAAGCAGUUCCAAACCUCAUUCCCAGAGCCUCGAGCCAAACCAGAUAGCAUUUCGGACGCCUUGCUCGAGCAGUGCUUCCUCCCCCGCAUGCUCCUGUCUAAGGCUGAUGCUGAGUACACCUACAAGUUCAUCAAAGCACUUCACGAAGGAAAUGCACCAGGGUUCCAGUUGAUGUCGCUAUAUGAUCGUCUGUUUAACGCCAAUCGCUUGAGGGCUCUCAUCUUUACAUCUACUGUCAUGGAGGCUGAGUAUCUCGGUCGUUUCCUGAAGCUUAUCCUAGAGGACUUGUCACGUUGGCACAAGAACGCAACCGUUCCUAACGAGAAGGACAAGUCAAGGGAUCAACCUAGGCUGGGCGCAUAUGAGAAGGAAGGCAAAGGCCCGAGUGACCAACCUCGUCUUGGGUUUGCCCUCACCUUUGACGACAACGGAAAGCCAUUAACCUUCGUGGAACAUGAGCAAUUCCGUGAUCUACUCUUCAGAUGGCACAAGAACCUAAAUAGUGCUCUUCGUUCUUGUCUGGAGGGAACGGAAUGGAUGCAUAUCCGAAACGCCAUCACAGUGCUGAAGGUGGUCCUUGAUGUCUUUCCUGCGAUCGACUUCAUGGCGACCAAAUUCUCUUCCCUUCUUCAGACUAUCACCAAGCAGGAGUCUGCUGCCAAACCAUCUCCUGAUAGUGAGAUUGGCGGGCGUGUUGACUUGUCAGUCGCUGCGCAGGGUGCGAUGUCCGAGCUUCAAAGGAGAAAAUCCAAAUGGGUGAUGGUCCAGGCUUUCCGCCCUGGUGGUGCUGGGGCUCCCCAAAACGAAACAGAGAAGGCCCCUGGCUUGCGUGCGAACGCGCCAGAGUUUAAACCUGGCCCCGCAAAGUCGUCUAGAGGAAAACAAAGUACUAUUGAAGAAGAAGACGGCGAGGUCAAGGAUGGCAAGGACGCCAAGAACUCAGCAACAGAUUCGUCAAGGGGCACAGGUGCUACGAAGGACUUGUUGCCAGCCAAGCCAGGGUCGUCUAGAGACUCACAUAAACGCGAUCAGACGCCAUCAGGGCCUCGGGCCUCAAACAACAGUUCUGGAGCCGGCCCUGGUACAAAGCAUGACUCCAGGCCCAAUACGCUUCCCGAACGCCCGCCUCACACUCUCCCGAGUCGGCCUGACGUGCCCAUUCCCGCUCACUAUACGCCCGAUCGUUUUAAUCAGUCUAGAGGGCAUGAGCGGCGCGACGGUAAAGAGCCACGGGACGCGCGCUCUAGAGAAUCACGCGAUUCCAGGGAACCUCGUGAUGCUAGGGACCAGCGAGAGCCUAGAGAGCCUCGUGACGCUCGUGAACCACGAGAGCAGCGUGAUCCCCGACCUUUUGAUCCUGCCCGUCCCGACCGUCCGCGCGACUUUCCUGACCGACGAGGACAAGAUCAUGGCCGGGAAUCAUCUCGAUCUGACGGAUCAGCGCGCCGCGGUGAAAGUGAGCGGGAGCGGCCUAGGGAUGCUAAGAGUGGUAGAGGCCAAGACCACGGCCGCUUGACAGAAUCGCCAGCCUCUGUUCCUACAGCCUCUGUUGCAGCCGUCGAAGCCCCUGAGCCACAUAUCAACCCUCAAAGAGCUGCCCUGUUUGCGCAAGACAACGAGCGUCCUCCUCGGGCACCUGACUCUGACCGACCUAGCAGGGGCCGGAAGAACGCUCCUGUAGAGCCAAUGGAUACAGUCAAUCCAGAGAGAGCAGCCUUGAUAGGCAACAGAGAUCUCACACCGUCGCGCGCUCCUCGAAACGAUACACGGGAGCAUAGUUCUCGCGUUCAAUCUCCUCGUCGAGGCGGACGCCACGGGCAUGAGAGUGGUCAGCCAGAAGGUGUUCGCGAAGACAGGCAUGAUCGCAACUAUCCUGCAGAGCACCGACCUUCGUCUGCCAGAGAUCCUCGGGAGCGAUCACCUCUGCCGGGCAAUCAUCGUGGUGAAAAACCAGCGGACCGUGACAACGAUCGAGUUUCUGCACCCAAGGGCCGCGACGCUUCUAGUUUCCACGGAACUACUUCUCGGGUCUCCGAGUCAGAUCAGAAGCAAGCUCACCAAGACGAUACCUAUGGGCGCCUCAACCCCAUUCAGACUGUCCCUGAUAUUCCACACGGGCCAAGAGCUCGUGGAAGAGGCUUGACAAGAGGCCAUGGUGGACCACAAGCUCUGCCAGGUCGACUUGACGGCCGAUUUGCCGGUUCUGAUGCUGACCGUCCACCUACUCCAGAUCGAGCUCCCCCAACCGGCCCAUCAGGCCGGGGACGGAGGGGCGGUUUUGAGCAGAACAACGGGCCCGUCACUCCUUCUGGUACACCUAGCGGCCCUCAAGGCAGAAUCAGAAAUGCUGGCCAGGGCAUGCCUUCUCCCGUUUCAACUAAUGCAACGCCUGUUGGAGUUCACCCGGAACGUCUUGCUCAAAUUGGCGCUCAAACCGGUGGCUCUGUACCUCCUCCACCGCCAGGUCCACCACCUCAUAACCAUAGCCACAACCAUGGUCGUCAAUCAAUGCCUGGAACCAACACACCUGACAGAAAUCCAAACCAGGGGCAGCGACAAACGCCUGGAAGCUAUGCAGGAUCUCCAGUAAUUGAUUCCAAUGUGCCCACUGGACCAGCUUCUUCUAACGAACGUGUUCGUAAUGGCGGCGGUCGAAGACAGCUCGCUGGCAUCAACAGUACACUGCAACAAGCACAAGCCAACAUGCCCGAUGUAAGUCGAAGCAGUAGUGGAAGGAGGGGUCAAACACGCCAAACGCUGGGUGGCUCUGACGCACAAGUGUUGACUGGGGGGUCUCCCACCGCUACACCGGUCCAAGAGCGCCAGGACCCCAUCAGGAAUGAAUCAUCUAGCCGAGCACCUGCCAAUACCGAGGAAAGCUCAGGCCGUAGCGAACAUGAGCGAGGCCGGCGUGAUCGGGAGAGUCGUUCCAACCGAGCCUCACGCCGCGGUAGCCGUGAGCGUGGCGGUCGUGAACGAAGCCCUGGUCGCGAGCGAGAGGGUAAAGAGCCCCGCGAAUAUCGGGAGCGUCACUCGGCAGCUGGUGAGGGUGGUAGAGAGGAGCGAGAGUCUAGGCGCUCUACAAGAGACCACCCUGUGGCUCCACGUGAGCCUAUGGGUCCUCCUCCUACUGGUGGACGAGAUCUUGUUCAGGGUCGUGAAGGCCGUCAUAGAGGCGAUAGUCAAACUCGUAGAAGUGGUGAAGAUUGGGGAGGCAGUGGUAGAGGAGGUCGUGGAGGACAACGCGAAGGAGGCUUACGACCCGACGAUCGCCGCGAAGGGCGAGAGGAUCGUGGACGAAAGAGAAGAAGCGAAGACGGAGUUGGAGGAUUAUCGAGCGAUCGUGAGAAGCGAACCCGACGAUGA